UUUAUCUAUAUCUUUAAAAAAUAUCUGUGACUCCAAGCUUUCAAUGUUUUGGCGCGAAAUCAGUGUUGGAUAAAUGAACAAUAUUUUUGUUAAAUAAAGAAAUUAAAAAUCUGGGUACAAACGUAUUUAAUGAAAGUGUUAGUAGUAAUCAAUUAAAAACGCAAGUGUUAAUUUACAGAAUAUAUAUAAAAUGUUUAAAUUAUUUUUCUUAACAAUAUUAUCAGAAUUAGUCCUGGGAAAUAUUUUUUUAAAUCAUGUUAACCACAUGGAAUAUUAUCGAAACAAAACACGACCAACUAAGGCAUUUAGUAGUUUUUCCACAAGUUAUUUUAACCAGAAUCUCUUACCAAAACCUGUAAAGGAAAAAGUGCAGUGUGGUACCAGAACUGUGGACUUCACUCUAAGGAGAGGAAAAAUUGUGGGGGGCUCCGAAGCCCCCUAUGGCGCAUUUCCAUGGCAGGUGGAGAUACAGAUGUUGGAUCCGAAUAAGUUGGCGUUUGAGCACCACUGUGGGGGCGCUGUCAUCGCAGAGCGUUUGGUGUUGUCAGCCGCCCAUUGUUUUGACAAGCAACCACUAGAACUGGAGCAUCUGCGCCUGGUGGUUGGUGAACACCGACUCAAGAUUCAGGACAGGCACGAGAACAGAUUUCUAGCAGAGAAGGUGGUUCCACAUCCCGACUUUAGAAAGAACGGUCCUCACUCGAACGACAUAGCCCUGGUCCUAGUGGCUCGUUCAGGGUCUGGAGUUCAGUUCAACUCACACGUUAGACCCAUUUGUCUCCCGGAUUCAUUGGAUACGGCUGGCCGGUGGUGCGCUGUCAGCGGAUGGGGGUACCAGGAAGAGGGAACAGAGCAAAAAUUUGCUCCUAUAUUAAGAGCUGCUGCUGUGCCAAUCCUCGACUUGGCCACUUGCAGAAAGGAACAGGUCCUAGGUGGACGGCAGCAGACAAUUUUGGACUCUAUGCUAUGUGCUGGGGUCCUAUCAGGUGGAGUAGAUGCCUGUCGUGGAGAUUCCGGGGGCCCACUCGCCUGUAUGUCUGGGGACAGAUGGCAGAUUCACGGGGUCGUGUCCUGGGGAUCUGGUUGUGCUCGUAGGGCCCGACCGGGGGUCUAUACGCGAGUUGCGUCAUAUGUCAGUUGGAUUAGACGUACUGCUAUGAGCUUAGGGCAUAAGUUAUAAUUAAUUAAGAUUUUCAAUGUUUAUAAAAUCUUUAGGAAAAUGAGGGUAUUCCAAAAUUUCGUGAAAGUACCUUCAUUUUAGUAUAAUAAAAAUGUAUUGGUAUUCUGUUCAAGCUUUUGCGGUUACUUAGUUUGGUCAUAACGAACGCGAACCAAAUCACUAAGCAAAAGGCCUGAUCGACCUGAUCGAUCCGGCUGGUGUGACCAAGUCAUGAUUCUCACUGGUCUCCACCAUAAAAGCUGCGUUAAGGGAAGCUUUAGACACGCUUCAGCAAUGAAGAGUACGAGAGAGAAUAUACCUCCCGAUACCAAACCUUUUAAUAGUUCAAAACAGGAAACAAAUUCCCUUUUUUUUCUAAACAGGGAAAAACA